AUGGAAGUGAUACCAAUGGGUGUCAACAACCGUGACAUUUCAAACAUAUUUAGGAUCACCUCUCCAUUGGUUGUUGAUGAAGCUAUGGUUGAAAAAGUGCUUGGGCCUCCAAAGUUUGAUGGAAGAGAAACAGCAGCACGUGUUGUGACCCCUGGGAUAUCUGUUGGUCUGGUUUGGACUACUUUUGGUGGAGAGGUUCAGUUUGUGGAGGCUUCAACAAUGGUAGGGAAGGGUGAAUUGCAUCUUACUGGACAACUUGGUGAUGAUGAAAUGAAGCAACUAGCAAAAAGUGAAAGACUAGCAGUUAAUGUGUCGAAUGCAGUUAACUUGGUCUUAUUUGCAGCCAAAGUGUAUGCUUCAAUUGAGAGCAGAUCAUUAGCAGUGAUUGCUCCCACUUUGGAUUCUCUCUUAGAUCUCUUGUCAGGAUUCAUACUGUGGUUCACUACUAAUGCCAUGAAAACACCAAACCAUUAUCACUAUCCAAUUAGAAAAAAACGGAUGCAACCGGUGGGUAUCAUUGUUUUUGCAUCCGUAAUGGCAACCUUGGGAUUGCCGAUUUUGAUUGAGUCUGGCAGGCAAAUUAUUUCCAAGACAAAGGCUGAAAUGGAUCAUAGUGAGUUGAUGUGGAUGAUUGUGAUCAUGGUAUUUGUGACCAUUGUAAAGUUCAUUUUAAUGGUCUACUGUCGAAGGUUUACAAAUGAAAUCGUUAAAGCCUACGCACAAGAUCAUUGUUUUGAUGUUAUUACUAAUUCAGUUGGAUUAGUUGCUGCUGUGUUUGCUGUCAAGUUCUAUUGGUGGAUUGAUCCAUUGGGAGCUAUUAUUGUGAAUUCAUUUCUACCACUAAUUGUAUUGUAA